AUGUCUUUUCUCUCGAUGCUCUUCGCGUCUCCACCGGCUCCCGUGUUCACGUCCUCCUGCCUCAUUGACCUCUCCUCCAAAAUCUACAUCAUCACCGACACCUCUUUGCCCAGCAACAUCUCCCUGGCAAGAACACUGUAUAAUCUACAUGCUACAAUCUACAUUGGCCUAUCCUCCUACGACACUAUCGACAUCCUGAAAGCCUCCUGUCCAAACUCCAAAGGUCAUCUCAAACCCUUCGUCUACGACCCCUCCGAUCUCGCCAGCGUCAAGUCCGCUGUCGACAAUUUCUUGGAAAACGAAUGGCGUCUCGAUGUGCUGUUUGUCAACUGCAGCAAUGAAUUCCUCCCCUGCUUCGUUCUUGUAAAACUCCUCAUGCCUAUACUACAAACCAGCGCGUCGCAUUUCUGCCACCCUAAUUCAUCAAUCCGUGUCAUAUGGAUCUCCGAAGAAGACUCAGCACAGGCCAGCUGCGAUCAACUCUACUUCCUCGCGCAGGAGUUCUCACGGCGUAAGCAGUGUCCGAAGCUGAAUGAUUCGUAUGCGCACACGUUGCCGAACAGCAAUCCCUCGGGCGUGCAGCAUGUCCUUGUGGAUCAGCGUCGACAAGGCGCAGAUCUGCGCCGCUCCUUUGGCCGAUUCUUACCUUUUGGUGCGCAACGCACAGAGUAUGAUGGUAGCAAGUGGUGA